AUGAGACGUGGCGGGCGGGGCACGAAAUUUUUCCGCAAGACCACAUUGGACCGUGACAAAUGGUCACUAGAUGAAGUUACCCUUUAUAUUCGACGGACUACGUACAAGCCGUACACAGGACAAUUUGACGAUGAUAGGGACGAAAAUGUGAGUGGUGCAUUAAUAUUUGCAUUGAUUAAUACUGAUAGUAAUGCUUGUGCAUUAAAAUUAAAAACUCAACUUAAUGCAUUUGUGUUUGCAUUAAAAAUAAUUUUAUGCUACUAG